AUGAAGGACUCCGCAAAUAUACGAGGUAGCCAAGAGGCAGUCGGCGACUCGGCUGUGAUCCUGAGUCGUUCACGCAUCCCUGCGCCCAAGGCGCGAAGCCCCCUUUUCUACUACGUCCGCUGCACAUGUCCCCUGUCGCAUGAGUUCCAUCAAGCGGCAACAGGUGUAGAUGACACCACGCAUGCCGAAUACGCCUACCUCCUCACAAGUGAGGCCAUGGGGGAUGUUGUAUGUCUGUACCAUCAACGUGACCAACCGCUUGGCCAGUUGGGGGCACAUCUGCACAAUGAAAGAGGUAUAAAUGGCACCCAGCCGUCUCGUCUUUCCGAAUACAAACUCUUGAGGCAUCGAUCCCGUCUUGUUUCAGAACAGUGCAAGGACAGCGCCGUGACCAUGCUCUAUCCCUUCUCUCUCUACUUCGCCUUGGCCGGCACAGCCUUCGCGUGUGCCGUCUCUGGCACUACCACCUCGGACGCACCACGCCGUAGCCAGGCUCCAAGUGACGAGCUUACAACUCCUCAUUACGGAGAUGGAAGCUGCGACACCCAGGGCAUGAUCAACAUUGAAACCUACAUCACCCUUUUUGCCAACAACGAAACACACGAAGGUGGUUGGCUCGGCGACGACAUUGUCGAAAAACAAAUAAAGGUCCUCAAUGAGGGGUUUUCCAGCUGCCGCAUCGGUUUCACGCUCAAGGGACUGCAGAGGAGCAUUGACGCGAUGCCCCUCCAGUUCGACCCCGAAGAAAAGCUCGCCUUUGGAUUCUACGGCAAAUACAGAAAAGGCAGCUACAAGUCGCUCAAUCUAUACUACUCUCCAAACCAGACAGGCGGCGUCUGCACCCAUCCCGGCAUGAGAGGCGCACUCCAUAUAGGCACAGCGUUCAACGUGGAUGGAUGCCAAAUGGCUACCAACACCAUGCCCGGCGGAACGCCCCCCUAUGAAAUGGGCAAGACGACGGUCCACGAGGUUGGCCACUGGCUCGGACUGUUGCACACCUUCCAAGGCGGGUGUAACGAGGUCAAGGGUGACUUUGUCAGCGACACGCCGGCCGUGAACGAGACCGUAGGCCGAGUGGAGGGUACCUGCCCCCGUGGCCAAAACAGCUGUCCUGGUCUUCCGGGCCUUGAUCCUAUCCAUAAUUACAUGAGCUACAGCUCGGAGUAA